AUGAUUGAUGAAGGUACACUCGGAUCCAAACCUUCUUUUAUUAACAUGUUUGAUCGAAUUCAUAUUGAUGAAAAAUGGUUUUAUAUGUCUAAACCAUCACAAAAAUAUUAUCUUCAUCCAGAGGAGAUUGAGCCUUUUCGCACAUGCAAAAGUAAACGAUUUAUUUCAAAGGUUAUGUUUUUGACUGCGGUGGCUCGUCCACGGUUUCAUAGUACUGCUAAUAGAGAGUUCAAUGGAAAAAUAGGAAUAUGGCCAUUUGUGUUCAAAGAACCAGCAAAACGAAGUAGUAAGAAUCGUGUUGCGGGGACUCUGGAGUCAAAGCCAAUUUUGUCGGUUACUAAAGACAUUAUUCGUUUAUGUUUGAUCGAGAAAUUAUUGCCUUCAAUCAAAGAAAAAUGGCCAUUGGGUAGCUCAAGCAACAUCUUCAUUCAACAAGAUAACGCAAGACCACAUAUAUAUGCCAAUGAUGUUGAAUUUCAGCAAGUUGUUGAAACAUAUGGGUUGGAUAUUCGCUUAUGUUGUCAACCUCCUAAUAGUCAUGAUCUGAAUGUCUUGGAUCUUGGAUUUUUUAGAGCUAUUGAAUCACUUCAACAUCAGGAGGCUCCAACUAUAGUGGACGAAUUUGUUUUGGCCGUGGAUAAAGCUUUUGACAUGUUCCCUAGUGAAGAUUUAAACAAUGUUUUUUUAACAUUACAAACAUGUAUGGUUGAGAUUCUAAGAAAUUUUGGUGGGAAUAACUACAAAAAUCUACAUGUGAACAAACAAAAGUUAAUUAGAGACGGGGAGCUCCCAAUCUGCAUUGAGUGUGAUUUCCAAGUUUUGAAUGAGGCAAAGGCAAGCAUGACGCAGUGA